UCUACUGUCAGAGCCAGUUUCUGUUGGAAUGAAAGUGUUCCUGGACCGUCAGUUUGUACCAUUUGGUAGCACUGUCUUGGGAAACACAGCUACUAGUAGACUGCUGUUGUGUAACAGUGGGGACUUGGCUGUCAGAUUCACGUGGGAAGUGAAGAAAUCAAUAUUUGCCAUAUCUCCAGCAGAAGGAUACAGUGUCCCAGGCUCGAAUAUCACUCUUACAGUAUCUUAUACACCAGAGAAACUACAGGCUGACGUCUGUUGUCAGGCCAUAUGCACUCUGUCAAACCACGGAAAGUUGACAGUUGAGUUGUCAGGCACCUGUGUAGAUGUUCCCCCACCAUUGAUGACCAUCUCCUUAUCCUGCCCUGUGAGACAGACUGCUACCACUGAGAUACCAAUCUUCAACAAGUUCGGACAAGAAGUGACUCUUUCAGCCUCUAUUAGUGGAGAGUACUUUUCUGGAGAUAAGGUCGCUUCCCUACCACCCUACGGCACUCAGCUGUUUAAGAUCAAGUACGCCCCCAUGAAAGUGAUUACACCACCUCAACUUCACAAGGGGACUGCAUUGUUCUACUUGAUGGAUGGAUCGUGUCUGGUGUAUGUGCUGGAAGGGUUUGCCACUCCCCCUGCCAUGGCUGAGAGACUGCAGGUGCAGUUGCCUACACACACAUCUCAUACACUGAUUAUACUGGUACAUAACUGGCUGCAGGUACCUCAGAAGCUUCUCGUAACACACAGCCUUGAGUCCAGCUCUGAACCUGUGUCUAGGUACAAGCUAUCAUAUCAUCCAUAUCUCAUGGUGUCUGGGUCGAAGACACGAGAGUUGUCAUUGACCUUAACUAGCUACCUGCCAGGCACACUCACUUUCAAGAUCAUGCUGACGAAUGAAUCGACUGAAGAGUACGAGUGGUAUGAGGUGGUGUGUGAGGUACACCCAUGCGGUCCGCUGGCAGACAUCUCACUUACUACAACAGUGAGGCAGCCUGUCUACCAUGACUUGGUGGUACGGAACCCCCUUGACUCCGUGAUCAGUGUUGGGUGCAUUGUCGAUGUGCCAGGUCUGACUGUAGUUGUCAACACCCCACUGUCUGUGUACCCACUCCAGCAGGGAAUAAUGAGACUGCAGUAUCUGCCUCUGUGGCCCUGCGAAAGCUCAUCUAACAGACUGGAGCUGACAUCUGAGCAGCUGGGGGUGUUACCCUAUACUGUGAAAACUACUGCUCUCCCUCCGCCUCCUGGACCUUCCCUGAACCUCACCUGUGACCUCGGUCUGCAGGCUUCAGCCCACAUCCAGCUCAGAAAUUUCAGCUCCCUCCAGGCCAUCUUUGAGUGUGCGAGUUCUCACGAAGAUGUGACCGUGGAAAGUCCUGUGACUGUGGAUCCAGGAGAGAGCAAGUCUGUGAACGUUGUCUACCAGCCGUCCUCUCUCACAAACAUCUCCACUGGGAUCUGUGCCACAUCGUUACAAGCUGGAGACUUCUUGUUUCCUGUGAUCGGCACAAGCUUGUAUCCUGAACCUAGAGGCCCCUACACUCUGACUCCAGGUUCAAAUGUUGCAGUGUCUAUCAAGAAUAUCUUCAAGGAAGCGAAAACAUUUAUCUUCUCUAUUGACAAUGGGGCUUUCCUCAUCAAAGAGCCAACUCUACAUCUUCAACCCAAUCAGGUUGUUGAGGUAACUGUGGAGAUGGCUGAACUUGAGGGAAAACAGUUUCCCCAGUAUCCAGAGACAGGAAAGCUGACAGUGUCUGUGACAGAUGAGGCAUUGUGUCACAUCCAGUGGGUCUUCUAUCUGUGCGGAUUGCUCAACACAUCCAGAUCCUCUUCGUAGAAUGACCAAUAUCCUCGGCACAUUAUAUGAAUAUACCAUUGAACUGAGAUAGAAAUAAAACAAAACACAGCCAACAGUGCUGUCAGUGUUUGAGUAUA